AUGUAUCGUUUCCGAUCACAGCUCUUCACGGGGAUUUCUGCUGCCGCCAUCGCCCACGCUUACCCGCGCCGCUUCUCGCCUCUGUUGUUAGCCGAAGACUCGCCUCUCAGCCGCCCGCCGCACAGACGCACGAGUAAAAAGUGCAGCUCCAUCGGCUGA